UCUCUCCCUCUCUUGCCCCCACCCGACAAGAAUGGGAUGAAAGUCUAAUCGAAGGUCUCUCAAAUCCCGAUCUGCGCUCUCUCAGAUCCUUGCCGAGAAAACUUUUAGGUACUUGUAUUUUGCUUUCAAAGAUUUCACUAAGGGGAAAACACCUCGAGGCUCGUUUCUGUUUUAAAACCUUGAUGUGGAAAACAAAAGAACGAUACUUUGCACACUGGUCGUAAAAAUUAUUGCUUAGAAAGAAAUUCUAAAGAGAAGGAUUUAGGGCAAAUGUGAUGGAGAAUAAACAAUCCAAUAUGCAAAUUGUUUUGGUGGACCAAGAUGGUGACGUUAAUGAUGACGAAGGUCUUCCACCAGGAAUUUCAGUUGCAAAUUUUGAUUAUUCAGUUGAGAAUCAUUUAAAAGCUAUGGAUAAGAUUUUGGAGUUCUCAGGGGAAUCAAAAUUUGAGUAUGAUCAAUCUGAGAUUCAACGAAUGACUUCUUCUGUCACCUUUUUAAGCGACCAUCGAUCCACAACUGCAUCUUAUUCUGGCGACCCUCGCUCCACAAAAGAAGGAACACAUCGAGUCCAAGAAAUGCGAAUCGAUUCCAAGCAUAAUCUCAUAGAAUGGAGACAUUUCUGUUACCAACCUCAAGCUAUUAGGUUUGCUUGCCAAAGCGAAGCUCCUCAGAGGAAGGAUGUCACUAGUAGGAUAAUAAACCUAACUCAGUUUUCUUCAGCAGCUGUUCCUAAGGACAUAUCCGGUGGAGAUAAGAUCUCAUCACAUUCGAGCAAAGAUUUCGUAAUGUACGUUGGAGGUCUAGUUUGGGCGAUGGAUUGGUGUCCGAGAGUUCAUGAAAGGCCUGACUGUGAUAUUAAUCUUGAGGACUUCUGUUCUUUCAACUUUGACUUCACUCCGUGUACCCCGUAUGUUUUGUUCUUCAAUUUUGGUCGGUCUUGGAAGCUCCAGUUCAUUGCUGUUGCUGCUCAUCCUCCUGAGUCUUCAUAUCACAAGAUUGGUGCUCCACUUACUGGAAGAGGUGUCAUCCAGAUAUGGGGUCUUCUGAAUCGUGGUCUGAAAGACAAUGAUGUGAUUCCUCAUGUCAAACGGAAAUCAAAGACGAAUUCAAGUAGUAACAAAGCAACAAAGCCUAAAUCAACUCAACCAACGAAGCCAAGAGGGAGACCUAGAAAGAAUCCCAUCGAUGGAUCUAUUAAGUUGUAUGAUAACAACCAGCAUCUGCACGCUCAGGCUGUUCAAUUUCCAGAAGAUUCAACCAAGUUACUACUUACAGAUGGGAGAUCCCAUGAUAUCCUUGAACUAGUUGCUACAGGUGUUACAAAUGCCAAACCGAGUGCACCAAAAAGACCAAGAGGAAGGCCUAGAAAGAACCAACUAAAGGAAUCAAAAGAUAACUUAGAUCAUAGCAACAAACAUCUGGAAUCACUUAAAUGGCCUGAGGUCGCAUCCAACUUGAAUAAUGUGUACCUUGAAACCCCUGAAAAUUUUUCCAAAGGUACUUGCAGAGAUCAGAAUGCUCCUGUAGGAGUUUCAACAGAGAAGCAACAGGAUAUUAGGGCUACGGAGACUAUAAAUUUCAAUGUAGUUAAACCAAUGGAAGGUGUUAGAAAGAAGAAAACAAAAGUUUCUGCAGAUAAUUUGGACAGUAGCAAUCAAAGUGUGAAACCUCUAGCAGUUAAGUUCCCUGAGGACAACAUCAAUGUUAACAACCAAUAUCUGAAACCUCUAGCAAUUACGUUCCAUGAGGACUCAUCAAAGUUGCCUGAGGUAGAUGAAAUUUCAAUCGAGACCCCUGAAAUUGUUUCCAAAGUAGAUGAUGGUAGUAAAACACAUGAACUAGUUGCCAAAAAGGAUUCUGGUCGAAAGCGGAAAGCUCACGAUGAAGGACAUCCUGAAAAGUCGGUGUUAAUUGCUUCUACGUCAACAUUGACAAAAUGCAAAUUGAGAUUAAAGAGUGUGGAAACUGCUACCGAUCUUCACUUGCCAUCGCAAAAAUGCGGAACCUCCCUUCUGAACGCUGAUACAUCCUCUGGCUGUGGACAAGAUCCUAUGAGAUCAAUUGAGGACAAAGCUGAUCCUGUCCUCCUUGAAACUGAUAUGGAUAGUCGCUGCAUUCCUGAGGAUGUUGCUUUGCCUAGACUCGUAUUGUGCUUGGCUCACAAUGGAAAAGUUGCGUGGGAUGUAAAAUGGAGACCUUCUGAUACUUAUUUUAAUUCCAAACAUAGAAUGGGAUACCUUGCUGUCUUGCUUGGAAAUGGAGCUCUUGAAGUGUGGGAGGUUCCUGCUCCUCAUGCAGUUGAAGUUAUGUUUUCUGCUUGCCGAAAGGAGGGGACUGAUCCUCGCUUUAUUAAGUUGGAACCAGUAUUCAGAUGUUCGAUGUUGAAGUGUGGUGAUAGACAAAGCAUUCCCCUAACACUGGAGUGGUCGACAUCAUCUCCUCACGAUCUCAUUCUGGCUGGUUGUCAUGAUGGAGUGGUUGCUCUAUGGAAGUUCUCUGCUGAUGGUCCACUGAAAGAUACCAGACCUUUGCUUCGCUUUACUGCAGAUACAGUUCCUAUAAGGGCGUUAGCAUGGGCACCAGUUCCAAGCGAUUCUGAGAGUGCAAAUAUAAUCGUUACUGCUGGUCAUAAAGGUGCAAAGUUUUGGGAUUUACGUGAUCCUUUUCGUCCUCUUUGGGAUGUAAACCCGGCCCAGAGGAUCAUAUACGGUUUGGACUGGCAUCCCGAUCCAAGAUGUGUUGUUUUAUCAUUCGACGAUGGAGAAAUACAGAUAAUCAGCUUAUCGAAGGCUGCAUGUGAUGUCCCUGUUACCGGUGCACCCUUUGUUGCGGCACAGCGACAUGCAUCGCAUAGCUAUCAUUGUUCAUCAUCUUCAAUUUGGAGCGUUCAAGUGUCAAGACUAACAGGCAUGGUUGCAUACUGCUGCUCAGAUGGUAAAGUUGUACAUUUCCAGCUUACAAUGAAAGCCGUGGAGAAAGACCCAUCGAGAAAUCGGGAGCCUCAUUAUCUUUGUGGAGCGAUGAGCAUGGAAGAAUCAGGUCUUACCAUUUUAUCUCCAUUACCCGACGUACCAUUUCUGAUGAAGAAAUCAUCCAAGGAAUGGGGUGACACCCCGAGAACCAGACGCGGUUAUAGAUCCCUCUCAAAUCAGGAGAAGAGAGCCAAGGAGCAAAUGUUGAAGGAAUGCCAACAACCUUUAGCUGUUUGUUACGAUGGCAAUAGCGAUUCAGAGACACAGCAGAGUAGUAGUUCAAAGAAAGGAAAAAGAGAUGAUGAAGAAGAAGAGCUUCCUUCCAAGAUUGUUGGAAAAAGAGAUGAUGAAGAUGAAGAUGAAGAAGAGCAAGAGCUUGCUUCCAAGAUUGUUGGAAGAAGAGAGGACGAAGAAGAGCUUCCUUCCAAGAUUGUUGGAAAAAGAGAUGACGAAGAAGAGCUUCCUUCCAAGAUUGUUGGAAUGUAUGGCGUAAGAUGGAAUACGAACAAAGGCAGCGAGAGGUGGUUGUGUUACGGUGGUGCUGCUGGAAUUCUUCGCUGUCAGCACAUUUAUUAGACGUCUUCUAAUCCUACAAUUAGCUAGUAAUUGCACAUGAGGUCAAUUUAGUCUUUUUCUUCUCACUUUUUGUAGAUAGAAAAUAAAUUAGGGUUUAAUUUAUUAUUAAUUUUUUUUAUUAACCUAGAUAUCCAA